AUAGUUCUAUGACGUCAAUGGCGUCACGUCGUUUCCAUAUAACAUACGUUAGUUGCUGGAAUCAUAACAGAAAGGCGAUAGCUGAAUAUUUUAGUAGUGACCUUAUUCCAGUAUUUCAUCAAAUCUAUAAAAAGAAUAGAUGACAUCACAAAUAAAUGACAGAGUUAAAGUGCAGCUCAAAGUAUUCAAAUCUCUCGACUGCUAUCCAGGCGGAGCCAAUGACUAUUUUGUUGCUGUGGUGGGGUCAGGUAUUCAACUCGGAAAUUACAAUGCCAAGACGGCACCAAGAUGUAACCAGGUUGGACGUAACUUCUGGUGUAAAGAUAUAUGGUUGCCAAAGAACAGUACUGUACAGUACAAGUUUCUGGUGGUUCGAGCCUGCACGGGAGAUGUGACUGACAUAGAGUCUAUACAAUCACACACAAUUUAUGUCGGACAAAAGCCCAUCAUUGUUGAACACACGUAUAAUGAAAAGGCAUUUGAUGGAAAAGAAGUGGACAAUAGAAACAGUCGUUCAUCAUCAGUUACAGGGAGAAAAGAUACCUCUAACCAGUCACAUCCUCCAUGUUAUCCACAGUCUGAUAAAAAGAGUCGUGUUGUUCUUAAAGAAAAGAGUUUCUCAAGACAAAAGGACAACAAAGGAAAUUUACGAUAUAAGAGUAAACCAACUGUCAAGAAACCAGAUGAUGCAUACAUAUUUGAUCGAAAAGAAGCUAAAAUGUCAAAAAACCACAACAAAGCAGAAAAUUUGCAAAAGACAGCUGGAAAACGAAUGCCCCAAAAUGCCAGGAGAAUGCCUCAAUCUGAUGAUAUUAUAGCUACAAAAACUAUAGAUAUAGAUAGACGUUUUCAGAGAGGAACUGACACACUGAAAGAAUUGAAAGAUACCCCGGGAUGUAUUGUCCUGCAGGAAAAUGUAACGGAACCAGUGAUAAAAGAUGGCCAUACCGUAACAGCAAACAUUAAAGACAAGGCAUUACACUGGCAAACAGAAAGUGACACACAGGGUCAUUGUAAUGGGUCAACAGCUGUGCUAGAGACGCUUCAUUCUCAGAAAUGUAUUACAGAACACCUGAGGGAAGCUGAUAUUAUCAAGACGGCAACCAGCAAAGAUAAGAACUCGGAUUCUCCUAAAGGGGUCGACAUGAGGGAAGAUUGUAAGGAGAUGACAUCUUUGCAGAACGCACCUGAUAACAUCCUGUUGCAGACUGAUGCAACAAACACACCUAAUAACACCCUGUCUGACACGGCUGUCACAAAUGCACCUGAAAACAGCCUGUCCGAGAGUGAUGCAACAAACGCACCUGAUAACAGCCUGUCCGAGACUGAUGUACCAAACACACACACAGAAGUCAUCGCAGCUGGCACGAAUGCCUGUGACACUAUGCCUGGACACAUGGAGACAAAAUCCGCACUAUCCCCAACAAAUAUAGUUCCCGAGGAGGAUGCCGAGAUAAAGAAUGGCGACAAAUCUUUACAUCACUCUGGACAAGUUUUCAACAUCAGUGGCAAAGGUGUGGCAGUAGUCGCCGCUGGAAUCACAUUUGUAUCAUGCAUUGGCUACUAUGUAUUCUUCAAAAAAUAAGUUUAAAUAAAUAUAAUAAAGAGAUUUUUGUCUUUCAAAAGCAAUAAAGUUUUGUGUUUUUU